UUGGGCCUUGAUAAUGUAAUCUACACUGGACGGGAACGACAGACAUGUGCGUCUGCAAGCAUACAGCAUACCUUUUUAGGACAUUUUGACCUUCCAAUUCUGGGCGUAAACGAGCUUUUUGACUUGGAUGGUCGUCUGUUGGCCAAAAACUACGGUGGUGGAGUACUGCAAGGAACUCUGGAUUUUCCGCUAACGCUUUCAGACCCAACGGAACGGAUGCCACUCAGCAUCAAAUAUUUAAAUUUCAUGGCAGACCGCCACAUGCACUACGGUCAUGUUGUGCCGAACGUCAACCUGUUCCUGAUACGGCGGAAAGAUAUUAUGAAACGCUUGAUCAACAACAAAGCCAACCCAACAAUUUUUGGAUAACU